GGCCUUCAAAAUAAACUCCAGGCCACAGAUUUGCGACAAUGUCAGAACAGAUGAAUCAAUACAUGAUGUCUGAUGUUAGCCCCCCUCAGGCUCCACCUUCAACACAGGUUUUUACAGACCAAAGCUACAUAUCCAAACUUCACACAUGUUUAUGGAAUAUGCGAGAACAGGGACAUCUUUGUGAUGUCAUGGUAAAAGUUGGAAGUCUCUCUCUGCCAGCACACAAGUGCAUCCUUCUCUCGACCUCCGAAUAUUUACUCGGUUUCCAAAACAGCUCGCCAAACAUCCCAGAAUUCAAUAUUGUCCUUGACAGACAUAUUGAAUUUCAUGAUCUUUUGAAUAUUAUCCGAUAUAUGUAUACAGGGGAGUUGGAGAUCAACAAAAAUAACUACUCAAAUAUGCUAUCAAUUUGUGCUGUGUUAAAGUUAGAAACUGCUACUUCAUAUAUUUUUUCAUAUAUCAAUAAGUUAGUUGGCGGAGUAGGGGAUGACUCAACUCCUGAACAGUUGAAGGAGGAUGAGUUGAAACAUGAGAUGCAAGAUGCAGUUGAAGAUGACGUUGAUAAAGAUGACAAUACAAUUGAAGCUAGUGCUAAUAUUGAUCAUAAUGAAGAGAAUGAUCCAAAAACUGAUAUUGAACUAACUGAAGAAGGUGACGACACUGAUCUCUACAUUAGUAAUCCCGAUGUUGAUGACAGUGAAUCUGAGGAAGAUUCCAAACCAAUGCAUUAUACUCUAAGAAAACGUACAAAUCGAUCAUCAAAGUCCAAAGACCGUACCAAAAAGAAAAGACGCAGAAAGCCAUCAGAAUCAUCAGAAGAUCAUGAAUUCACACCAGUUCCUUCAAAGAAACAGAAAGCUGAUAAAGUUAAACGGAAAUCUCUACGCAAACGGUCUCAAAGAGCAGAAGCUGUGAAGCCUACUGUGAAACAUGAUUCAAGUGAUAAUUCAGCCACAUCCAAAGUUGAAGCUUGUAGUAAUGAACUUAAAGACAGGUUUACAUGUAGUACAUGUUCAGAGGUUUUCUCUAAUACAACCUACCUCAGGAUUCACAAUAUGGUUAAUCACACACAUAAAUGGGUCGGCCUGUGCCAUCAUAAACAUUGCGAGUAUUUGUCCAGAGAAAGAGGGGAUCUCGCAUCACAUCUUUAUAUCAAACAUCGUGAACUCACAAUGGAAUAUCCACUACAAAUGUGCACAGUAGAAUUCUGCAAAUAUAUCCAGGUCAAUCCUAAAAACUACAAACAUCAUAGACAAAUGCACGAAAAAGCUGGACAAGAAUGUAAAUUUGAACCCAUAAAGGUAGAACGUGCUGAAAAUGGAGAUGCUGUGUUUGAUCCAAAAAUUGACAUGCUUGAAGAGGUAACUCUGAAAUUACUAGACCUAAAAUACUCUAAACGAUUAUUCAAUAUCCCUGCUGAGGAAACGAGGACCAAAACUGGUGAAUGGCGUAGGGUUUUACCGUGUCAUCUGUGCGAUGAGGAUUUUGAAUCAAUACGUCCGUUACGGUUCCACAUUCUUGGAGUGCAUGAUGGGAAAUGGGUCGGAAGGUGUCCAUUAAGUAAAUGUGAUUAUAUGACUGAUAGCAAAGAUGACCUGGCGUCACAUCGCUUUAUGAAACACUCAGAAAGUACAACUGGAUAUCCACCGUUACAUUGCAAGGUUGAUGGCUGCAGCUACUCAUGUUGCCUUCAGGGAGACUUGGACAAGCAUACUAACAGCCAUAACAAAACCACUGAUACGAAAGUUGAUACAUCUACUGAUGAUGUCACAAUGGGUGACGAUUCUGUACGCACCAGAUCUUCCAGAAACUCCGCCCGUUCCAAACAAUACAAGUGUAAUAAAUGCUCAGCAAUGUUCCACACAGAGCACAUGCUACGUUGCCAUAGAAAUGAGGGCCAUAAGAACCAGGGUGUUCUCGUACAGUGCAAUCAUUGUGAUGAUUUUACGAGUUAUGGAAAACAUGGCUUAACAGAGUUGGCAAAACAUAUGGAGGAGAAUCACUUUGAAGAGGCAAACUUAGUGCAUCAGUGUGAGGUAGAAGGCUGUGAAUAUGUUGCAAACAGUACCAAGUAUCUGAUAACACACAUGAAGAAUGAGCACAAGAUAUUCAAAACUAAAAAAGCAAAUUGUAAGUUCUGUGGAGCAAGUGUGAAAAACAUGUUGAAACAUAUAACAGAUGUCCACUCCAAAGUCAAUAAUGUUAAAUGUGAGUUCCCAAACUGUGGAACAAUGUGCAAUAAAAAGAACUACUACAAAAAGCAAUAUGUGUGUUUAGCACAUAAAAAGGAAUUCAUAAGACGUAUACGGAAUGCUGCCCAUGUUCCUAUUGUUCCCCGUCUGAUGUGUUCUGCAUGCAAUAAUCGCUACAUCGGCUACAAAGAUCUUGCUGAACAUGAAAAUAAGAAACAUGGCAUAGCAAUCCCUGAUAAAUAUGAGAGGUUGCAAUGUGACCAUCCUGGUUGUCAAUACUGGACGCUGAGACGUGAUUUGAUGGAGAAACAUGUAGAGUGUCAUUCAGGAGUCAUGAGAUAUACGUGUGAACUGUGCGGGAAAAGCUUCGUCUCGAGGGAUUCAUGGAGAAAACACAUGCGAUCUCACAGAGAUACAAAGUUUGAAUGUGAUAUGCCAGCUUGCAAUGCAACAUUCAAGUUUAAAGAUGGUUUGAAGAAGCAUAAAAGAAAUGUCCACAAACUAAUUGACAACAAGUUUCAGGAGAAAGAGUGCAUUAAGUGUGAGAAAUGUGAAUAUAGCUGUUACUCUAAGACGGGCAUGACUAAACACAACCAGGAGCGCCACCUACCUCCGCCCCCACCACCACCAGCCCCACCUAUAGUCCAACAACCUCAACAACAGCAGCACCAUACAUUACAACCUCUACCACAACAACAUCAACCUCAACAGCAUCAACAGAUGCAACUCCCACAUCUACCCCUACAGCAAACCCAACCACAACCACCAGUGCCCCCUAACCAAGCCCAGAUAAAUGAAUAUGAUAGAUACACUAGGGAAUUAACCAGGGAGAUGACUCCAGUAGGUAUGAAUCUAUCAUCACAAGCUAGUGAGCAUGACCGUUAUAAUCAACGUAUAAUGACGCCAUCGACUCAUACGACACAUUCAAGUGCAAGUGAAUAUGAAAGACAUACCAUUGGUUUGUUAGGAAUGACUUCAUCACAGACAAGUGAACAUGAAAGAUACGCCUUAGCUGCACUAGGGAUGCUACCAACCUCACACUAUUAGAAUACAGGGAAACCUCUGUGUGUGUGAGUGAAUCUUAUAGAUCCUGGCCUUGCCAGUGCAUUAGGUAUACCCGUAUUACUUUAACAUUAAAAUUCAAUGCAUGUGAUUCAUGAAAAAUUAAUUAAAAUUCAAUGCAUUCAAUGCAUGACAUUGACAAUGAUGUGCAAUAAAAGCUAUCAUUUUGUUAAAGUGAUGUGGAGAUGUACGUAUUGGGUACCAACAAACCACCAACAUCAGUCACUCAUUCAUGCCAGUUCAAUAACUGCGAUCAUUUUGCAUUUACAGUUUUAGUGUGUUCAUGAACAUUUAAAUCAGUCUUAUGUGAAUGCCACUGGGACCAUCUAAAAGUAUUCAGAUUGAUAGGUAUUCAAAUUUCGAGAUAUUUCAAAUAUUCAGAUUAGAGAAGUGUUCAGAU